GUCCGGAAGCGCGGGCAGCGCCGCGGCCUCAGGGCGGCAGCGGCGGCUCCGGGAGGGCCGGGCCGGGCCGGGCCGGGCGGACCGAAGGGAGCGGCGUGAGAUCUUUGAAACACCACCGGGACUUGGUCACCAGGGGGUGGAUUGCUGAGGAUACGGCUCUGCCCUCUGCACUCAGGACAUGUAUGGCUGAAGGGCUCAGCCCCUUGCCUGGCUGCAGGGCAGCGCUGUUCUCCUUCCCACCAUGUGAGCUGGCACACCUGCACAGCAAAUAGCUGCCUUUUUCAAAGGCAUUUCUGGUGCGAUGUCCCUUUAAUUGCUCUAAUGGGUUUCAUUGCAUGCACCUGGAUGUUGUAAGAACACCUGCAUGGAAACUGCUAACGAAAUGAGCACAUGCCGAUGGUGCACACAGAGUGGUGCUGACACCACCGAGUUCCUGAGGCACUAUGCUGCUCAGAGGCUGUCCCAGGAAGAUUUUGAAGGCUCCAAUGAUGACCUCUGUUACUGCCUGGAGUGUGUGGUUGAAUACCACAAAGCAAGGGAAGAAUGUCCAAGAUUGCAUGAGGACCUGUGGGAUUUGGAAACCUCCCGUCUCAUUGCCCACAUGGAGAAAUCCAUGAAUGAGGAAGCAGGAGAAGAUGAGCUGUUUCUGGUUGAUGAGCAUGGGGAGACACCUCUGUCUGGUUAUGUGGGCCCAAAUUUUGAGAACAACCUGCGAGUGCCCCUGCUGGAAAUACUGAAAUACCCCUACCUGCUGCUGCAUGAGAAAGUCAGUGAGCUGUGUGUAGAAGUGCUCUGCAGAAUGGAACUAAGUCAAGACUCCUUUCAGGUCUUUGAGAAAUAUCCAGGAAUUUAUCUCUUUUUGGUCCACCCAAAUGAGGUGAUUCGUCGAUGGGCCAUCCUAACAGCAAGGAAUUUGGGAAAGGUUGACAGGGAUGAUUACUAUGACUUAGAGGAAGUGCUGACUUGUUUGUUCAAAGUUAUUGAGUUGGGGCUUUUUGAGAACCCAGAUAUUUACAGCUCUUCAAUGUUUGAAAAGGGUAAACUCAUCCUUCUGCCAGCUCAUUUGUAUGACACAGCCAACUACAAGAACUAUUGGCUGGGAAUUUGCAUGUUGCUGUCAGUGCUGGAAGAACAAGCUAUGGACUCUUUGUUACUGGGCCCAGACAAACAAAAUGAUUUCAUGCAGUCUAUACUUCACACUAUGGAGAAAGAAGCAGCUGAUGAUUCCACUGACCCCUUCUGGCCUGCCCUACACUGUUUCAUGGUUAUUUUGGAUCAGCUGGGGUCUAAAGUUUGGGGUCAGCUGAUUGAUCCUGUCCAAGCCUUUCAAACCAUAAUCAACAGUGUCAGCUACAACAACGAAAUCAAAAAUAUUCGCAGUAGUUUUAUGAGGACAAAAGCUGAACCACAAUCAGACUAUGGUGAUGACAUGAUGUCCUGCAGUCAGAUUGUAUAUAAUUAUAACACAGAAAAGCCUCAAAAGGACACUGGCUGGAAGGCUGCCAUUUGCCCCGAGUACUGCCCCUACAUGUAUGAAGAUAUGCAGACCCUGGCUAACAUGCUUCAGUCUGACAUAGGCAGAGACAUACGUGUCCAUCACAGCACAUUCCUCUGGUUCAUCCCUUUUGUUCAGUCCCUCAUGGAUCUCAAGGACUUGGGUGUAGCCUAUAUAGUAGAGGUCAUCCACUACCUCUGCUCCGAAAUCAAAGACAUCCUCAUCGAACGAUUCCAGGAGUGCGACAAAAUCUCCGAGUUCUUCCUCCUCAUCUUGGUGUCCAUUGUUGAGCUGCACAGGAGCAAGAAGUGCCUGCACUUGCUGUGGAUCAGCUCCCAGGAGUGGGUGGAGGCGGUGGUGAGGUGUGCCACGCUGCCCAGCAGAGCCUUCACUCGCUGCAGCGAGAAGGCCCCGGGGCUGUUUGCCAAGGGCUCGGCCGCGGGCUCCUUGCAGGCGCCCAGCUCGGUGCAGCACGCCUGCGUGCAGCUCAUCCGCAGCCUGCUCAAGGAGGGCUACCAGCUCGGCCAGCACGCCCUCUGCAAGCACUACCUGGACAAACUGAACCUCCUCCUGCGGGGAAAUCGAGCUGUGGGCUGGCAGCUGAGCAGCCAGGAAACCCAGGAGCUGCAAAUGUGCUUAAAGCAAGUGAUAAGAAGUAUAAAGGGCAAAGCACUGAGCAGCUCUUUGGCUGGAGGGAGCAAGUCAAGCUCAACAGCUUUGCCGAGUGUCUCUACAAAGCAGGAGAGGAAUGUGUGUGAUGAUGGAUACAAGAUGAGUGGACAUGAGAGGAGAGACCUUUGUUCACCGUUUGUCAUGUCAAAGGAAGGCAGAGAUUGUCAAGAGAACCCUUUGUAUAGGAGAAAGAAUGCCUGGGAGGAGGAAUGUAGAGAUGCAUGUAGAAGCUCAACAUCUUGCACAUCCACAGAAGGCCUCUUGAUGAAUAUUAAAAAAGAGCCUAAUGACUUGACAGAUCAGGAGUUUGUCUUCCCCCAGAACUCUUUGGCAACAAAAGUAUGUGGGAAAGCUCAGGAAAAUAGGAGCUCUGACCUUGUGGCAGGGAAGUGCAAUACGGACGAUCAGUGCUUCAGUUCAAAUACUGAGCAUUCAGAUUUCAGGAGAGGCAGAGAGUUAGAAGUGAAACACAGAGCAGAAUCCAAAACACCAUAUCUGUCUGCUCAGACUCAUCUUGACUCUCCAUCUUCAAGGAGUUGCAAAAGUAUGCAAGAGACAAGUGCAAACAGUGGGUUCCAGUCCAGACUGGUCCCCACUAAACAAGUGUCCAAGGAACCAUCACUGGAUUCCUCUAACUCCUCUAGAAAUGAAGCUGGUGUGCAAGGGAAGGAAGAUGACAGUAGUUUGCUUUUAGGGCAUAACAACACCUCACUGAAAAAAGUAUCAACAGAAGAAAAAUCAGGUCCAUCGUUGCUGUCUUUCUUUAAGAGGAGCACUAACGUGCAAACUUCAAACCAGGAGCAGCCUAAUUUAAAUGAUUUGGAUAAAUAUGACUGCAAAAAUCAAUUUUCGGAGACCUCUUGUAGGGAUAAAAUUUCAGCAUGUGGUUAUUUUCCAUUUAGCUCUGAAAACAAGAGGGAUGUGAUCAGGCCACUGUCGGUGAAGCAAGAAUCAAGUGACAGGUUGUUUGAGUUUUCAGAAUAUUUCAGGAGGGAAACCAGUUCAGUGGGGAAGAAAGAGGAGAAUUUUGUGAAGACGGUUUCUGAAGAUGAUGAUUCAUCAGACUCCCAGGUUGAUAGAGAACUCAGUAAAUUAUCUUUAGCUGCUUAUGCCAAAAGUCUUAAUUUUCCCGUUGCAUCCAACCAGGAAAGCUCAGUGUACCAAAAUGUGUCUGAUAUUAAAAGGAAAGUGAAAGGUUCUGUAAGAUCUUCCAAUGAGGGCCAAAGUACCAAGUGUCCCAGUGGUGGUGAUCACCCUAGCAAUCAAGUCAUUGUAAUCUCAGACUCUUCUGAUGAAGAAAAAAGUGUGGCUGAGAAGGAGGAAUCAAAAACCAAGAAUGAAAAUGUGUGUGCAGAGCCAUCUUCAACUUCCAGCAGCAUUUCUGAUAGUGACACUAAAAGAGAAUCAAAGUCUCCAGGCUCUCCCCUGUUACUGGAUGACUGUGAGUCUCAGUAUUUUGAAUUUGAAACAGAAGAUGAGGUUUUUUCAGCUUGGCAAGACACUCAAGCAUAUGCUGUGGAGGCAACUCAGGAGUACAAACAAGAUGAUGUUUCACCAGCACCUGAGACAGGUAAUUCAGAUGACUGCCAGAAUGAUAACUUAAAUGACUGGGGCUAUGAUCUGCCUUACUUUAGUGAUGAGGCCAUGGAAGAGGCAGCAAGCUCAAUAGAAAAGCAGACAGAAGAUGCUUCUUAUCAGAAAGGAGCUGGUGAUACCAAAGAAGUGAUUAACUCAAUCUUGGAAGAAUCGGUUGGCAAGGAAGAGGCAAAAGGUCAACUGGAGAAAUGUGCAGACAAAGAUACUGCUAAAGGCUUCACCCUGGACUCAAAAGGGCCUGAACCCACAGCAUCUACAUCUCCCAUCUCAUUAGCUUCAAAGCUGGCCCUUAAGAAAAAGAGCACAAGCCCACAGAAGCCCACAGCAAAAUGUAAAUCAGCACCAGCUGUUCAGAGAAGUCCUAAAAAACCUCCCGUUGUUAAAGCAGCCAAAAAUAAACCCCCACUGCAAAGCACAACAGAACGUUGUCAGGCUGGCAGGUCGAUGCCUGCUGUGGUUCCUCCAAGGAAGGUCCGGCAGAGCCCUGCUCCAGCCUCAACUGCAGAAAAGCUUGGCCUGAAGAAGGGGCCCCGCAAGGCGUUCGAUUUGUCACAGCCCUCCCUGGAGAGCCUGGCCCUGCUGCGCAGCCACGGCAAAGCCGCGGGCAGGAUUGGAGUCACGCAGAAAAAGAGAACCAAACAGAUCGAGGCUCAGCGUUUGUCUGUGAAAGGGAAUAAAAAACUGCUGGCCUGCCAAGACCGCCAGUAUCUAAAGUCCAGAAGAAGCGUGAAAAAAUCUGCGGGAAGUUGGGAGAGUAGAAACAAAGUUACCAAAAUGUGUGUGAAACCUGUGGUACAAAAGGCUCAAAGUUUUGAACUGGGAGCUAUUAAAGAAUUUGAACACCAAAGGGAGAAAAAAAAAGAGGAGGCUGCUUGUUCUUCUGCCAGUGAGAGAAAAUUUGAGAGCCUCUGUGUGGAGGAGGUGGCAAAUUCCUCUAAAAUGCCUCGUUCUUCAGACUGGAACAGCAAAUGGGAGGGUAGCAGUGUUGUGGUUCCUCCUGUCCCUAUGGAUUCAAGUCUCUCUUCCACUGCACUUGAAGGUGAUAAAGAUGAGUCUUCAGGAAAAGGUUGCACUGUCCUGCCUGAGUGUGAGAUGAAAACAUCAAAGCAAAAUGGGUGUAAAUCAGAUGAAAGCAGUGAUGAAGGUGAUGAUAAUCUGUUUUUAACUCAGUUAGAUCCUGUGGAUAUGGAGUUAUGUUCUCAGGAGGAAAGUGUUCAAGAUGCUGCCAUGGGUAGUAAGAGCCCAGAGGAAAUGGAUGUUGAUGAAAGCCUUCAGCAGAAUGAAGUCUCAGCUGCUGUGAAGUGUAAGGAUAAAGAGUGUAUGGAACAGGUGGAGAAACCUGGGGAGUACUGCAGUAAACACCCAGCCACCAGCCCAGGGGCAGACCACGUGUUUGCCAAGCCUUCUCUCCCACCACCUAAAACAAAAAAACCUUCCACUGCCAAAAUUUUCAGCUCAGCAAGUUCUUCACGGAACGCAGCCUUCAGCAAAGAUCUGGAAGAUGGCACAAAGUUUCCCCCACCUUCUAAAAGCAAAGUGAGCGCGGCCAAACCGCCGGUGCUCAGGCCACCAAUGUAUCCCAAACCUGCACCAGCAGGAAAUCCAACCUGCAAAUCUCCAACUUUCAAACCCCUUAGCUCCAGCAAUGUUCUCCAGUCACAAAAUAAACGCUAUGACAAUGCUUCAAAUAUUUCCAGAGGGCCUGGCCGAGAAACCUCCUCCUCUUUUCUUGGCCAGCAGCGCGAUUACAGCAUUUUUGUUAACCAAGUCCUAAAGUGGACUUAUGAAAUGUUUGAAAACUUCAGCUACUUUGGAACUCCAAAUCAUCUUCUGCAGACCAUAGUAGCUGCUGUUCCUCCCCAUUUUCAGGGCUACAAUGAGUAUUUUGACACAUUUUUUCCCUUGAUGAUGCUCAAUGCCUUUGAAACACUGGCACAAGAAUGGGUAGAAAACCAGAAAGUAAGAGAGAAAGGUUAUUACUUCUACUUAGAGAACUUUUCUGCUGACAUGAAUACAGCACAUUUUACAGCUCAUCUACGAGAGAGUGAUUUGGCAAGGCAGCUCCAUCCAAAGGAGGAUGACUUAAUCCUUUUGAAGGUGCACAAGCAGAAGGACACUUUUGGGGAAGAAAGUGGGCUGGAGUACCACACAGUGAAUCAUGUUGGCUUUGUGACACGUUUUGCUCGUGCAUCUGGCUGUGCAAAUGGACAAAAGGAGCAGCAGACUGCCUGUCAUCUUACUGUGCAAACCCAAGGCAAUUUGUCAUUUUUCAUCCAUAAGCAAGUGAAGUGUGUGGUGGUUGGCUCCUUGGUGACCACACACAGAAAAUUCAAAGGUCUCCUGCUGCUGAGCAGGAGCCCCCUGGUUAGACCCAUCAUAAAUCCAAGUUACAAUGACUUCUGUCCCAGAGAUCUGCCUGUUGCCUCAGGAAGUGCUGUUUCAUAUAUGAAUGAAUACAAUGAAGAUCAGAAGAGAGCCAUUGAGACAGCUUAUGCCAUGGUAAAGCAGCACCCAGGACUGCCCAAGAUCUGCCUUAUCCAUGGACCUCCUGGGACAGGGAAAUCAAAAACUAUUGUGGGACUCCUGUCCCGUGUUUUGAGAGAAAACACUAGGAAUGAGAAAACAGCUCGGAAAAAGAAUUCCAAGAUUAAGCCAAACCGUUUUCUAGUGUGUGCACCAUCAAAUGCUGCUGUUGAUGAACUCAUGAAAAAAAUCAUCAUUUCAUUUAAGGAAAAAUGCCAAAACAAACAGGAGCCUUUGGGAAAUUGUGGUGAUAUCAAAUUAGUGCGACUUGGUCCUGAAAAAUCAAUCAACAAUGAAGUGAGGGGAUUCAGCCUGGAUAAGCAAGUUGAGCACAGAAUGAAAAGAAAGCCAGGUGACUGUGACCAGGACAUUCAGAAGAAGAAAGAAGCUCUGGACCAGAAGCUGGACCUGCUCUCUCGAGAGCGUGCCAUGCACAGAUGUGAGAAGAGAGAGAGUCAAAUGUUAAAUGAUGAAAUUGGCAAACUUGCAAAGGAGAGACAACAACUCGCUUCUCAGCUAAAGGAGGCUCGUGUGCACUCGCAGAAGGUGCAGGCAGACAUCAUCCUGGAGUCUGACAUCAUCUGCUGCACGCUCAGCACCAGCGGCGGGAGCCUGCUGGAAUCGGCCUUCUCCCGCCAGGGCCUGGACCCCUUCAGCUGUGUCAUCGUGGAUGAGGCAGGGCAGUCCUGUGAGGUGGAAACCCUGAUCCCACUGAUCCAUCGCUGUAAUAAACUCAUCCUGGUUGGAGAUCCCAAGCAGCUCCCUCCUACUGUCAAAUCAGUAAAAGCUCAGCAGUAUGGCUAUGACCAGUCUCUGAUGGCCCGACUGCAGAAGCACCUGGAGGAGCAAGUGCAGAGGAAUGUGCUGCACAGCCUGCCCGUGGUGCAGCUGACAGUGCAGUACAGGAUGCACCCAGACAUCUGCCUCUUCCCAUCCAACUAUGUCUAUGGCAGGACUCUAAAAACUGCCAAGGCAAUAGAGGAGAACAGAUGUUCUUCAGAAUGGCCAUUCCAGCCCUACCUGAUUUUUGAUGUAGCUGAUGGUCGUGAGGAGCGAGACAAUGACUCUUACAGCAAUCCUCGGGAAGUGAAGCUGGUGAUGGAGUUAAUUAGAACAAUUAAGGAAAAGAGGAAGGAUCUGGGCCUUCGUCGCAUUGGAAUAAUUACCCCUUACAGUGCACAGAAAAAGAAAAUCCAGGAACAGCUGGACAGUGUGUUUAAGAAUAACAGCCCAGGAGAGGUGGACACGGUGGAUGCGUUCCAGGGCCGGGAGAAGGAUUGCAUCAUCGUGUCCUGUGUGAGGGCAAACAGCUCCGAGGGCUCUGCUCUGCCACACCUGCAGGCAAACAGCACCAAGGGAUCCAUUGGGUUCCUGGCCAGCCUCCAGCGCCUGAAUGUCACCAUCACCCGAGCCCGCUUCAGCCUCUUCAUCCUGGGCCGGCUGCAGACGCUCAUGGGAGAUGAAAACUGGAAUCACUUGAUUCAGGAUGCUCAGAAAAGAGGCGCCAUUAUUAGAACAACAGAAAAAAAUUACAAGAAAGAAGCUCUCAGGAUUUUGAAGCUCAGGCCACCAGGACAACCCCCAGCCAAAGGAGGGACUGUGACAUCUCCUGUGGUGCAGGCUGCUUCUUCCAGUGGCAAGAGGAGUGAGCCUGGAAAUUCUGGGAGCAGCCCACGGGAAGUUGCUGCUGGCCCUGGCCAUGCUGUGCCCCAAGGAAGCCGAGGGCCCACACAGCCUGCAGGGGCUGCAGAUUCCAACAGGGGCAGUGCCCCUGCAGCUGUGGGGGCUCCAGCUGCAGUUCCCAGGAGUGUCAGUGCCCCUGCAUCUGUGGGGGCUGCAGCAACAGAUUCCAGGAGGGUCAGUGCCCCUGCAGCUGUGGGGGCUGCAGCAGCAGAUUCCAGGAGGGUCAGUGCCCCUGCAGCCGUGGGGGCUCCAGCAGCAGAUUCCAGGAGGAGCAGUACCCCUGCAUCUGUUGGGGCUGGAGCUGCAGAUUCCAGGAGGAGCAGUGCCCCUGCACCUUUGGGGACCUCAUCUGCAGAUCCCAAGAGGAGCAGCAGUGCCCCUGCACCCUCGGGGGCUCCAGCUGCAGAUUCCAGGAGGAGCAGUGCCCCUGCACCUUUGGGGACCCCAGCUGCAGAUCCCAAGAGGAGCAGCAGUGUCCCUGCACCCUCGGGGGCUGCAGCACUUGGUGCCAUUCCAGAGAAGCCCCGGGACCCCAGGCUGGCCAGCCUGGCCACUCGAGCUGAAGGCAAAGGGAAGGAGCAGCCCUUGAGGUCAGCCCAGAGCACGCCAGGAUCAGCAGCACAGCAAGGCCUGCACGUGUCCCCAGCUGCCAGGGAUUGGGUGUGCAGAACAGAAAGUGCCAGGAGGGCCCAGCAGGCAGCAGGACAGGGCAGUGUGCUGCCCCCAGCCCCUCCCUCGGGCCAGCACGAGGGUGACCGGAGAGCAGCCGUGUCCAAAAGCGCUUCCAGAGCCCCCAGGGAGGGAGCUCAGAGCAGUGGCAGUGAGUGGAACAAAGACUCUCGUGGUGUGUCCAGGAGACCAUCCCAGGAAUCACCAGAGAACUCAGAAUCAAGCUCUGCCAAGAGAAGAAAGUUCUUUCACUGACUUCACUAUGGGCUCAUCACUGGAAAUCUAUUCCCAGAUUUCUGUCUAGCAAGGACUGUGUUUUAAAUUAUUUAACGCAGCUGGAGCUCCCAUCUAUUGAUACCACUACUAUCAGAGGAUCUCUUUCCCAUCCUGUCCCUAAUUGUGAAGGGAUUUAAUACCUGACAGAUGGUACCUUAGAGGUUUUGAAAAGGGAAGUUGGGUAGCUGCAUUGCUUGGAAGAGCAGUGGGUUGAGUCAUCUAGGAAGCUGAGGUUGUAAAUGUUUAACAGUGUAUAUUUGUACAGUAUACAGAAUUAUUUUAAGAUAUUUGGCAAAUACAUAGCUUCAUGGUUUUUUGUGUAAAUGCUAAUUUCUUAGAGAUGUAAUUUUUUUAUGAAGAACCAGAGUAAAGCAAAAACAAAACCCAACAACCCCAAAAUCCAAAGGACAGACUUCUUUUCCCUUUGCACUAAUAUGUCUAAUUUAUUUCAUAGCAAAUCUGAGUGUUGAAAAUGUGAUAGCAAUGGCUCUUGCUAGUGCUCCACUACUGCCUCAGGGAAGAGUGAGGCAGAUGUACGUUGGUUGAAAAGAGAGAAUUCUACUUAUUUUGUAUAUUUUAUUGCCUGUUUUUAUAGGAAGAAAAGAGUUUUUGUUUAUACAAACGUGCCUUGAGUUUUGCUCUUGCUGCUGCUCUAUCAGUUGGAAUCCCUCACUUGUUGCAGGGGCAACACAAUCUGCAGAUUGAAACCUGGGUGGUCUCUUUGGUCCC